UGCAUAGCAACAGCCCCUCCCCCAUCCGCCUGCCAGGGAGCCUCUGCAUCUGACCCAGCUGCUUCAAAAGCGUAAACACCCCGACGAUCAAAGCCAAGCUGUCAAAUAAAUCACCACACAAGCAGCCCUCGUGUCGAUGGUGGUGAAUAUCACUCAUGCACGCACGUGUGCGCAAACACAGACGAAUCGGCGCAUCUUAAAAUGACCGAUCGUCGCUGAAACAGUUAACUCCAGACCCGGAAAGGGCGAAGUCUGCACAGCAACAAGCGCCAUGAUUGCGUUGCACUGUGCGUCUCAGCAGCUGGACACCAUGGAGCAGCUAGAGGAGGAACUUACGUGCCCGAUCUGCUGCGGUCUUUUCGAGGACCCUCGGGUCUUGUUGUGCUCACACAGCUUUUGCAAGAAAUGCUUGGAGGGACUCUUGGAAGGGAGCCGAGGUCCAUCAUACAGAACACCUUUCAAAUGCCCCACAUGCCGCAAAGAGACGCCUCACAACGGCGCAAACAGUCUCCAGAUCAACUACUCUCUGCGCGGAAUUGUGGAGAAGUACAGCAAAAUCAAGGUUCUGCCUAAAAUGUCUGCUUGCGCACAACACAGCGGUCAGCCUCUUAACAUGUUUUGCGCCACGGACUUAAAACUCAUUUGUGGGUUUUGCGCAACAACAGAUGAGCACAGAGGGCAUAAAUUCUGCUCAUUGGAUGMGGCAUACGAUCGGGAGAAGGCGGCGUUUGAAGAGCUGCUUCACGGGGUGGAGAGCUGGCAGAGCGCCGACACCCUGUCCUGCCUGGAGACACUACAAACCAGUAAGAAAAAGGCGCUUCAGUCGGUGACCAAGGACGCAGAGAAGGUAA